AUGCCGAAGGCUGCGCAACUUCAUCAGGGCCUGGCAACUGCCGAGUCCAUCGCCGCCGCCAUGAAGACGCUCUCCGGAGUCUCGGCAGCCCUCGCGCUCAUCGCGCCUGUUCAGACCGGCCUACGCUUCCCGUGCUCGACGCUGACCUUUCAGCGCCUCGACCCCGUCGUCGAGCCCGGCGCCGUCCCGGCCGCCCAUGUGCACCACAUCGUCGGCGGGAAUGCCUUCAACGCCACUAUGACGGGAGACAUGUCCGAGGACUUCUCCAACUACUGGACGGCCGUGCUGUACUUCAAGCACCCGACCAACGGCACCUACCACCGCGUGCCCGUCCUGCCGGUCCAGCCCCUACUAGGCGGGUCCCAGGGCGCCUCGGGCGGGCUGACCGUCUACUACACGCAGUUCGACCUGAACAAGGACAACCUGAAGCAGCAGAAGGUUACCGCGUUCAAGCCGGGCUUCCGCAUGACCGUGGGUAGCCCGGCCGCCACCUCCAAGCCGUAUGUUGGCUUGAGGUACCAAUGCCUCGCCGGUCAGAACCGUGGCGCCGAGAUGUCCGACUUCCCGACCAAGCCAUGCACGGGCGGUAUCUUUACCACACACCACUUUCCCUCAUGCUGGGACGGCAAGAACCUCGACAGCCCGGACCACCAGUCGCACAUGUACAACACGAUCAGCCUGGACGGGUUUACCAACGCGCCAGCAUGUCCAUCGUCGCACCCGGUGCGGAUGCCGCAGGUCACCUACGAGACGGUGUGGGACACGAGCAAGUUCAACAGCCUGUGGACGACGGGGCCGAACCCGUUCGUGUGGAGCUUCGAGGGCACCAGCGGCUUCGGCACGCACGCCGACUACAUGUUCGGCUGGAAAGGCGACACGCUGCAGCGCGCCAUGGACAAGUCCGAGUGUUUUUAUGAUGGCUGCGGGUCGAUCAAGAAGCAGCAGAUGACGGCGGCUAAUACGUGCACCGUGAAGGAGAUGAUCAAGGAGGAGACUGUUGGCUGGCUCAAGGUGCUGCCGGGCAGAGGUGGCGAGAUGGCUCCCAUGUAGGGUAGGAAUGAGCACGUAGACGGGGGAUGGCGACGCCGUUUCCUAUGAGUACGGUGAGGUGGUGGCAUUGCCUUGGAUAUGACUGCGUUAGUCUGGCCCGUGAUCAAAGUUGACAGUGGCUUGAAGGGUCUUGAAUUGUCUGUCUAAAUCUAAUCUAAUAAUACAGGAAAGAAGGCCUUUUAUGCUUCCAAGAAAAGGACAAAGGAAACCUGGUUCAACAGUCUGUUCAGUCGUACUACUUAAGGGACUCAGCCGUAGCAAGGAAGAAAAAAGAGGGCUUUCGGAAGUCCGGGAGCCCGAAAAAAGGGAUCAGGGCUGAAAGUAACGAAUGAGGGAUAUGCAGGGAUGUGACUUGACAAUGUGGCUCAAAAGUGGCUCAAAAGUGGGCGACAGUUAGCUA